AUGCCCCGGACCAGGCAGAGCAGCCGCCAAGGGUCGUCUGGUCAGACUCGCCGCCGGGCACGCUCCUCCAGAGCCGGGCUGACACUGUCUGUGAGUCUGGUGGAACACCUUCUUCGGGAGGCCUGCCAUACCGCGCGACUGAGCGAAACAGCGCCCAUCUUGCUGACCGCCAUCCUGGAGUUCAUGGUCCGCAGAGUGCUGGAGCUGGCAACCAACGAGGCCCAACGCCGAGGUGCCGAGAUGUUCAUCACCCCGGAGCUGCUGGACGCCACUGUCUACAACAACACGCUCCUCAGCGAACUGUUCCAGUUCACCACCAUCUCUCAUGUGGCUCUGCCGGAACCUCGCCGUCGGCGUAGCAGUCGUCGACGUCAGUGA